AUGGAUUUGGUCAACCACUUGGAGGAUCGUUUGCUUUUUGCAGUUCCUAAAAAGGGACGUCUGUACGAGUCAUGUGUGAAUGUUUUGAAGGGGGCUGAUAUCAAGUUCCGUCGUAAUUCUCGCUUGGACAUUGCUUUAGUUCAAAAUUUUCCCAUUGCUUUGGUUUUUUUGCCUGCUGCUGAUAUCCCUCGUUUCGUCGGUACCGGUCGUGUUCAUCUUGGUAUCACUGGUCAAGAUCAAAUUGCCGAGGCUCGUCUCCGUAUCGGUGAAAAAUUGAAGGUAGAAGAAUUGGUUGACCUUCAAUUUGGUGGAUGCAAACUGCAAGUUCAAGUUCCCGAAAGUGGACCAAUCCAAACCGUUAAACAAUUGGUUGGUCAACGUAUCGUCACUUCCUUUGAAUAUUUGGUGGGCGAUCACUUUAGACAGUUGGAGACACAAAUGAAAAAGGAUGGAGAAAUUAGCAGUGAAGCCAAGACUGAAAUCAGUUUUGUUUCAGGCAGUGUCGAAGCCUCUUGUGCUUUAGGCAUUGCUGAAGCUGUUGUUGACUUGGUUGAAUCUGGUGAAACCAUGCGUGCUUCUGGUUUGAAGGCCAUUGAGGAUAUCAUGAGUACUAGUGCUGUUUUGGUUCGAUCCACCAACUGUUCUCCCGAGCUCGAACCUCUUUUACAAACCAUCAUUACACGCAUCCGUGGUUAUGUGAUUGCUCAGCAAUACGUUCUCGUUAACUACAAUGUUGCUCGUGAUCAUUUGACUGAUGUUCUCAAAAUUACUCCUGGUAAGCGUGCUCCCACUAUCACUGCCUUGGAUGAACCCAACUGGGUUGCUGUUAGCAGCAUGGUCUUGAAGAAGAACGUUGCCAAGGUUAUGGAUGAAUUAUCCCAGAAUCAAGCUGCCGAUAUUCUUGUCCUUUCCAUCGACAACUCUCGUCCUUAA